UGCGACGAUUGUGCGCUCUUAACUAAUCCUGAGUAAGGUGGCCACUCUGACAGUCUUCUCAUGCUGCCUCUGCCACCUUCUCAGUCAGAAGACAUCAUUUCAACUCCAACGCAGCAUGAUCGAAACGUACAGCCAACCUUCGCCCCGCUCUGUGGCCGCUGGACCACCCGUCAGUAUGAAAAUCUUUAUGUAUUUACUUACUGUUUUUCUUAUCACCCAGAUGAUUGGGUCAGCACUUUUUGCAGUGUACCUUCACAGAAGAUUGGACAAGAUAGAAGAUGAAAGGAAUCUUCAUGAAGAUUUUGUGUUCAUAAAAACGAUACAGAGAUGCAAGCAAGGAGAGGGGUCCUUAUCCUUAUUGAACUGUGAGGAAAUCAGAAGCCAGUUUGAAGACCUGGUCAAGGGUAUAAUGCAAAGCAAAGAAGUGAAGAAGAAAGAAAAAAGCUUUGAAAUGCACAAAGGCGAUCAGGAUCCUCAAAUUGCGGCACAUGUCAUAAGCGAGGCCAGUAGUAAAACAGCAUCUGUCCUGCAGUGGGCCCCCAAAGGGUACUACACCCUCAGCACCAACUUGGUGACCCUGGAAAACGGGAGACAGCUGGCCGUCAAAAGACAAGGAAUCUAUUACAUCUACGCCCAAGUCACCUUCUGCUCCAACCGGGACGCCGCGGGUCAAGCUCCCUUCAUAGCCAGCCUCUGCCUGAGGUCCCCAAGCGGGUCGGAGAGAAUCUUACUCCGCGCGGCCAACACCCACAGUUCCUCCAAGCCCUGCGGGCAGCAAUCCAUUCACUUGGGCGGAGUCUUCGAGUUGCAACCCGGCGCUUCGGUGUUCGUCAACGUGACUGAUCCAAGCCAAGUGAGCCACGGGACCGGCUUCACGUCUUUUGGCCUCCUCAAACUCUGAGCGGUGUGAGCUGGCAGGCUGCGCAGGGCUGAUGCUGGCCGUCUCCGCCAAGCAGCAGAGCGGUCCAAAGCCACCCCUACCGUUCAACUGCCUAUUUAUAACCCCAGGAUCCUCCUCAUGGAGAACUAUUUAUUAAACAUCCCGAGGCACGUAGGGCUGCAAUGAGUGAGUCCCGGGGCGGGCGAAACCCCCAGCAGGCCCUGCUCCAUAAAAGCUUAUAUUCUGAAGCAGCAACCCCACCGACGCAGACUUCCAGAGGGUCCUAUGAAAAGACAAGGGCAUUUGCACAGGUUGAAUUCUGAGUAAACAGCAGAAAAUUAGCCAACUUUAGUUUUGUCUCUUUUCAUGCAGUGUCUUUCAGUGGAGAAUGUAUUUGAUUUCUCAGCGAAGAUGCCCAAGGGCAACGGGGAGCCUCAGCUCGCAGUCGUUUGUGGUGGAUGCUGGGUCCCCGAGGCAGGGAUGGAGGGGGCCGCCUCUAGAAAGUGUAAUGCAGUGGAGAACCGAAAACCCUGCCCCCACCAGCCACCCUGACACUCAUUCGCAUCCUCUCUUUCUCCUACACACACACACACACACACAGAGUCAGGCUGUUGCUAAUCAGCUAUCUUAUUUCAAGCCCGUUCCUAACUCCACCACUGUCGAUGGGGGGGAGGGGGGCCGCCCCAAGGCUGCCCAGUCCUCCCCCGAGAAAUGACUGUAUUUAAAGGAAAUCUAUUGUAUCUAUCUGUAGUUCUCAUUGUCUCCAGAGUGAACUUGUGAUUAUCUUGUUAUUUAUUUUUUGGAUAAUAAAGAUCUCUUAACAGUA